AUCUUUGGGCAGCUCCUACACAAUCAGGGAUGAAGGCAGGCAGAACUGUGGAGUUGAUUCUUAACUUAGCUGGUUACAGGAAUGUGAAAUCAAAGGUUGUUGGUUCAAGGAAUCCCCACAACACUGUGAAGGCUCUCUUCAAGGCUUUAAAUGCGGUAAAUGGGAGGAAUUAUAUUAUAUACAUUGAUAUUGUAUUUCACCAUUGUUUAUCCUUUUCCAUUGCUCUUUCUUUUGCUCGCAGAUUGAAACUCCCAAAGAUGUUCAAGAAAAGUUUGGCCGAACUGUUGUUGAAUCAUAUCUACUGUGAUAGGUUACAUAGGUAUGAUCUUGAUCUUUUCCUUGAGUUUCUCUAUUUUUGUGGGGAGGUGGUAUGUGAGUGGUGAAGAUAUUUGAAUGCACUUAAGAUAUGAUGCCUAAUGGAGUUCACAAAGAAAGAAGGAUAAGUUAACUUUCAUGUCCUACUCCAUAUAUACACGAACAUUUAGUGAAUUAUGGUUUUCCACAUGAACUAAAAAAUCCGCCUCCAAAUACACGACGUUUUAAUUGUUCUAAUUUUUUGAGCGACUGUCAAUUUUCGGCGAUCGUGGCUAGUUAAAGUGACAAAUUAAUACCAUCGUGACAAGCUGAAGUAGCGUAUAGAAAUCCAAGUACCUCGUCUACCACAUCAAUUGUUGAAACCAUGUAGGCAUUUAAGGCAUCCACCUCAAUAUUAAUUUGGGUGCAAUUGAUAAUCGUGUGAAAAAUCAGAACAAUUGAAAGUUCAUGUGUUUGGAGGCAUAUUUUUAGUUUAUGUGCAAAACUAGAAUUGGUUGAAAGUUUGUGUAUUUAGGCGCAACUAACCCAUUGGACUUUGCAGAUGCUUAAAUUUUAAUUGAUUGCACAAUUUUCAUCAAAUUUGCCUCUU